UUGGCGUAGCGAAAUGCCGCAAGGAUAGCCGGUCCGAAUGGACUGGAGCGCCGUGCGAAAAAGCCGCCAUUUGAAAGCCGACACAGAGGCGCAGUACCUAGCUAUCGAGUAAUCGGGUUUUUUAGCCACAUGCUUUUGUGAAGUAGUUAGGAAAUUAAUUUUCUCUCAAAACGAGGAGCAUUGAAAAUCCUUGACGUCACUUAUCGGUUUAUCCAGUCGUUUGCUAAUUUAGCAGAAAUUGAUAUAGCGCAAAUACUCAAAUAUCCAAACAAGUUCAUAAUGGAAGGUGUGAAGACUGAGAAUGACCACAUCAACCUGAAGGUGGCUGGUCAGGAUGGCUCAGUGGUCCAGUUCAAGAUUAAAAGACACACUCCUCUCAGCAAAUUAAUGAAAGCAUACUGCGAAAGACAGGGUUUGUCAAUUAGACAAAUUAGGUUUAGGUUUGAUGGGCAGCCAAUCAAUGAGACGGACACACCUGCACAGCUGGAGAUGGAAGAUGAGGACACGAUUGAUGUAUUUCAACAGCAGACUGGAGGCUCCUGCUAAGUGUAUGAAAUCUCCCUUAAUGAGGACUGUACACCUGGAGAUCAACAAUUUUAUGUUUCCUUGAAGUUCCUUAAUUUUGUUUCCCCCCGUUUUUGAUUUAACUACCCUUGUCCUCUGCCUGUUAUUGGGUGGUCAGGGUUUGUAUCAGCUUCAUAAAGGGUAAGAUUUUAGACAGUAACUAUAACAUGCUGGUCAGAUAAUGGAGAGCACCUCAUUAGCAUUCUGAGGAAUUGGCCAGACCAACCCAUUGACCUGGUUUAAGAAGGUUAGAUGUUAAUGCGGUAAAGCAAGACUUUGGUAUUUGUCUUAAGUCUAUGGUCAUUUCCUUAGCAUAGACUCGGCUCCUAUGGUCUUCAUUCAGUCUUCUGCUGAUGGUAGGAGCAGUGUGCUUAUUACCAAAUCGUAUACAAUACUCUUAAGUCUGUUCCCUUGUAAAGUACAUGUGUGGAGGAGACAUGGUUCAUUUCCCUGUUUUCUACUCUUAAGCUGUACGAGUCGUUCAGAAGCCUUGUGUUCUGAAAUAAGUGCAUAAAUGGAAGCCUCAUGCCCCUGGACUGAUUGCUGUCAAAUCAUAUAAUACUCUUGGGGUUAAAUACUGACCAAAUGCUAAACUGACAGCUCCUGAGUGUGCAGAAGCGAAGUUCCGGUAGGUUUUAAUGUCGUCAUGUAGACUAGCUGUCCGUUUUCCAUAUGGAAAUGUUUAAUAUUUUAUUCCCUACAGUUGAGUGGUGGUCUUGAGCAUUUAGGAAAGCCACUCGAAUUAUACAUGUACUGCCCUUCCCCACAUGAGUUUAGCUUGGAAAUGGGAACCCCCCCCCCCCACCCCAUCACAAUUUGCCCUGGUAAUAAGGAAACUUUUUAAAAUUACUAUUCAGGCCUCCUGUAUCUCUACUAUUCAGUUUUUAUUUUCAAAGGCAAAUGAGGUAUAUACAAAGUCCAUGCUAGUGGUCCUGUCAUGUAUCUCUACUGAUCUGUAUAUUAUCUGUUGUCCUUUACUACUGUAUACAAUAAAUAUAGUUUGGUACUCAGA